AUGCCAACCUCUGAAGAGUCACAUAAAAGAGUCCAUUUAUGGGAAACGUUAAAAUUUGCUCACACCCAUGUUAAAAGAUUACAAAAAUUUGGAGAAACUAGAUGGUGGGCAAAGAGUAAGGCUGCUUCUAAUAUAUUUGGCACGUUUGACGACAAUUCUAAAGAAAUUUAUUCUACGUUGAUACUUGCUUUAUUAGAAAUGGCUGAAAGUACAGAUUUUGACUCAAUAACAUGCUCCGAGGCGCAGUCAUUACUUGAAAAUUUCUGCAAAUAUGAAACUCUUUUAAUAUCAUUUAUCAUGAUAAAAAUUUUUGAAUACGUGACUCCCGCCUCAAAUUAUCUUCAGACAGAAGAUAUUGAUUUUAUCCAAGCAUACCAUUUGGUAACAAAUGGGAAAUCAAUGGUAAAUGAAAUGUAUGACAAAUUUGAUUUAAUUGUUAAAAAGACGAAUGCAUUUUUAAAUUAUAUAAAUCAAAUUGAGACCUUUAGAAGCAAAGAUAUUGUAAUUGAACAUGAGCUGCCACAACAAAUGUUAAGAAAAAGGAAACGUAUAGUAGACGAAACAACUGAAGAUUCCGUUAUUACCGAUACAAUGAAAAAAUUUGAAGUAUUUAAAUCAGUAAUUAAUCAGGCAAUUCAAAGUAUAAGCCAGAGCUUGGAUUUAUUAAGUGACUCCAAAUUUACUGAUAUUGCAGAAAAGAUUAGGAUCGAUAAUGUGGAAUUAAAAAAAUAA